AUGAAGGCAUUGGCCGAUGGAGCAGAAGGUGACAGUCCCGUGGUAUGCGGCGAGUCUUUAGCAGCCAGCAUGGGCGUCAUGCUGGAAACGAGCACGAAUCAAUCCUUGCGGGAGAAACUUGGCUUGGACAGCUCUAGUCAAGUUUUGCUGUUUGGUCUAGAGGGCACCAACGAUCCAGAAAUCUACGAGUCUUUGGUUGGAAAGGCUUCCAAGACUCAUCGCGAGUCUCCAGCAGACCACCUGGAGCAGACCACCUUCAGCAAGCCCGCGCUUUCGGAGAUGAUGCAAGUCGCCUUCGCGCUCUACAAGGGUCACCCUGUAGCGGAAAGCGCCCUGAAGUAUACUGGAAUCGUCGUCAACGGUGAUUCUAACAAAGCAAGGUGA